AUGAUCGUCCUCCUCUCCCUCCUGGCCAUCAUCGGCAUGGGAGCAGGGCAGGCGAACUUCUCGCGGCUGCUCGUCUCCUCCUUCACCCCCCACAAGCUCCUGCUGCAGAUGCCCAUCAUGCUACAGAUUCUCAUGUACCUCCAGGUCGUCCCCACAGUCUGCAGCAUGCUCAACGGCAAGCCCGACCGCAUCAGGAUUGCGGUCCUCGUCGGCUCCCUCCUCCCCCUUCUCGUCUGCCUCCUAUGGAGCGCCGUCGGCAUCGCGCUCGUGCCCUCCAACGGCGGCGCUCUCUCCAUGGACCCCGUUGACUUUCUUCUCUCGCAGUGCGACGGCUCCUCGAUCCUCCCCACAGCCACCGGCCUCAUCGCCUUCGCGGCUAUCGGGACGACCCUCAUCGGCAUCUACCUCAUCAUCGCCCAGUACCUCCACGAGAUCCUCGUGAGCUGGAGGGGCGGCAGGCGGCAGGAGGAGGAGGCGAGUGGGAAGAGGCGGCCAGGUCUGUCUAGGCGCGUGCAGGUGCAACGAGAUGUGUCGAGGAUGAUCUUGAGAUCGGAGUCAGCCGGUGACGUCAGCCUGACUCGCCCGCACCAUCUUCUCUCCCCCUCCGACCGCGUCGCUGCUGCUCUGCUUGCGUCCGUUCCUCCUCUCCUCUUCGCGCUCGGAGGCGAGUCAGUCUACAUCAUUGCCCUCGCCUUCGCAGGAGCGUAUCCUCUGUGCGUCAUGUGGGGCCUGGCUCCUCCAUUCCUCCUCUCCAGCCUCAGGAACAAGGCAGAGGACAAGCGAGACCUGUACAGCAGCAGCAUGCGGCUGUUUCCUGGAGGAGGAGGCUCCUUCUUGCAGCUCUCGGGCUUCGCUCUGCUCCUCAUGCUAGUCGCCCUCACGAGGGACCUGCGGGAGCUGCUCCUCCUCCUGCCGCAGCUGACGCGGGGGGCUGCGAAGCUGGUGGGGAUGGCAGGGGAGGAGUGGGUGCAUGCGGGAUAG